UCCAACCGCUCAGCAUGUGAACCUAAGCGCCGCAUGAAGUCAAGUAGAAAAACGAUGGAAAUAUAAGCCUUUUAGUGUUUUAAAUGUUUCCUGUUUUGUGCCAAAGGGAAAACGCUUAAGUGUUAAACGCGCUGGAAUAAUUUGGUUUCGCAUUAUUUCGAAAAAACUGGACUUUUAAGUGUUAUUUUCGCCGGAUCGGGAGUGAGAGUGGACUGCUUGGAGUCACUUACAAAGACCAUCAAGAAGUCAUGACACGACGAACGUUUCACUUGGAUUUAUCUUCAUAAAAUACGAGAAAAAGUCGAUUGCGGCUACUUCAGCUCUACUUAAUUGGACUACAAGCGAAGUAUUGGGACAGCUGCAGUAGAAUUUCUUCGCUUUUCAACCGUUUUUAAGUCGUCCUACUUGGAUCAAAGUUUUUCCUUCCCUCCCCCCCUCCUCCUCAACUAUGGCGGCGGCCAGGUCCACCACUGGCUCCGUUUUGCUGCGGAUCAUGUGGCUAGUGUGCGGACUGUCCUUCUCACCUACUUCUGCUCAACAUUACAACAGUGAGAGCGGUAUAUCCGUCCCAGAGCACGGGUUUUGCCAGCCCAUCUCCAUCCCGCUUUGCACCGACAUCGCCUACAACCAGACCAUCAUGCCGAACCUCCUGGGCCACACGAACCAGGAGGACGCCGGACUUGAAGUGCACCAGUUCUACCCGCUGGUUAAGGUCCAGUGCUCUGCGGAUCUUAAGUUUUUUCUGUGCUCCAUGUAUGCGCCGGUAUGCACCGUGCUGGAGCAGGCCAUCCCCCCUUGUCGGUCCCUGUGUGAGCGUGCACGGCAGGGAUGUGAAGCCCUGAUGAAUAAAUUCGGCUUCCAGUGGCCGGAGCGGCUCCGCUGCGAGGCGUUCCCCGUUCACGGAGCCGGUGAGAUCUGCGUCGGCCAGAACACUUCCGAACCCGGCAGCCCGGCUUCCUCGUCUUCUCCCUAUGCACCCGACCCAGUGACCCUCCCCCCAAACAUUGGCCGGCCGAACGACCGCCUGUCCCCGCACAAUCAGUACCACCAAUUCUCCUGCCCUCUACAGCUGGAGGUGCCUUCCUAUCUGGGUUACCGCUUCAUGGGGGUCAAGGACUGCGGGGCCCCAUGUGAGCCCACUAAACCAACCGGGAUCAUGUAUUUCAGAGAGGAUGAGGUGAAAUUCGGUCGGCUGUGGGUUGGCAUCUGGUCCAUCCUGUGCUGCGUGAGCACCUUAUUCACGGUGCUCACCUAUUUAGUGGACAUGAGGCGGUUCAGAUAUCCCGAGAGGCCCAUCAUCUUCUUAUCCGGCUGUUAUUUUAUGGUGGCGGUGGCCUACGCUGCUGGGUUUUUCUUGGAGGAUAAAGUAGUUUGUGUGGAUAAAUUCAAGGAAGACGGCUACAGGACCGUGGCCCAGGGGACUAAAAAAGAGGGCUGCACCAUUCUCUUCAUGGUGCUGUACUUUUUUGGCAUGGCCAGCUCCAUCUGGUGGGUGAUUUUGUCCCUGACUUGGUUCCUCUCCGCAGGGAUGAAAUGGGGCCAUGAGGCGAUUGAAGCCAAUUCCCAGUACUUUCACCUGGCCGCAUGGGCUGUCCCGGCCAUCAAAACCAUCACCAUUCUCGCCAUGGGCCAGGUGGACGGCGACGUCCUCACCGGGGUGUGCUUCGUUGGGAUCUUCAACGUGGACGCCCUCCGCGGCUUCGUCCUGGCUCCGCUUUUCGUUUACUUAUUCAUCGGCACGUCCUUCCUCCUGGCCGGCUUCGUGUCCCUGUUCCGGAUCCGCACAAUCAUGAAGCACGACGGUACCAAGACGGAGAAGCUGGAGAAGUUGAUGGUGCGAAUAGGUGUGUUCAGCGUGCUCUACACGGUACCGGCCACCAUAGUGAUCGCUUGUUACUUCUACGAGCAGGCCUUCAGGGAGCACUGGGAGCGGACCUGGCACAUGCAGACCUGUAAGCGCUUCGCUGUACCCUGUCCGGUUCACAACUUCGCCCCCAUGAGCCCGGACUUCACCGUGUUCAUGAUCAAAUAUCUGAUGACCAUGAUAGUCGGGAUCACCUCGGGCUUCUGGGUCUGGUCCGGGAAGACUCUUCAAUCAUGGCGGAGGUUCUACAAGCGCCUUAGCAACGGUAACCACGGAGAGACCACGGUGUAAGGUUGGAGGAUGAAGAGGCACAAAGCCAGGGAGAUUUGGAUGUAACAACCACAAAAAAAGAGACUGAUGGAUAUUUGCUCCUGCAUUGAAUGUUCACUCCGAAGGUGAAUGAAGUUAUGUACUGGUUUGCACAGCUGUCCUAAAGGUUACGGGUGUGAAAAAUGACUGAUCCACCACAGGAUGACCUGGAUCUAACAGUUUAAAAAGACCACACACACACACAGGGGCCUCCACUUUCUGUAAUAGAGACACAACAACUCAUUGUUUGUCUCUGUGUGUGGUCUCCCAACUGUUGGAUCUCUCAUCAAAAAGACUUUUUAAGCUUUUAAGACAUCCAGAUAUCCUGGAUGAAGAUGACUGUACACAUUCACACCUGUUUUCUUCCCACUGUUACUGAAUUUGACUUACUUCCCCAUAAUUUCAUUUGAAGUGUUAAAUGGUUUUCACAAACUGAACAUUUUAGAGUUCUUAAUGAAUAAUUAUUUUAGUGUCCACCUGACAAAGCCCCUCAAAAAACACAUCUAGAUCCAUCUAGAAAGCAAGCUUAUGUUUGAUGUUCUGGAUCACGGAAACGCUAGAAGGAAGUCAAAGGUUAUGACCAUGUGGGAUUAUUUUUAUCUGGAUAGAGUGCAGUGGAGACUGACUUUAUAGCAGAGGUAGGGUGUGGUUAUUGGGACAGAAUCUAUGGUGGUAAUAUAAGGGGUUCUUACAACUAAAUUGAUUAUGUUUAACUACGAACAUUCACAUGAGCUCAACUAGGUAAGCAGUCCAUAAAAAUAUUUUAAAAAGUUACGGGAAACCUUUUAAUAGAAUAGCAGCAAACCUGUCAACUAAAUGCUCUUACCAUUAAAAUUACACAAUCCAAAAGGACUGAGGGCGUUUUCAUUUAUUUUACGGAACCUCAGUAAUAUUUCAGUGGAAACCCGAGUUUUCGUUCAAGUGAGGCGGGGGGAAGUUACCAGCAGUGACUCAGUCCCUUUGAUAAUCCACUGUUUGCAGCACACUAGCUGUUUGAACUGAAUCAGAAAACCACAGUUUUUAAUGAUUUUUUUUAAUUCACAGUUUUUCUCUUACUUAUAAAGUCAGGAGAAAAACUAAGCAGAAAAGCAUGUUUUUAUCCUAACUGAAUGAGCUACAAGGCAGGAUAUGAUUGACAGAAGUGCUUGUUUCUUGUCCUACAGCACAUUUUCUCUACAUACAUCAGACAAUGACAUAAAUGAUGAAACUGUGGACCUGCAUGGAACUGCAUACCUGGUACUCUAGUCAUUUUUAAGCUCUAAAGCGGUGUCCCAAAUCCACAAGCACUAGUACUAGAAACACACACCAUGUACCAGUCUUCAAUGCUGUUAAAACAGUUUGUGAACAAGAAAUGUCACACUUCCCACGUGAACAUACUCCACACCUCAAACACCUGGUUAAAAUUAGCAUGUACGAUUGAGCUCUCCACUUCAGUCACCUCUCAUCCAUUGUACCUUAAAGCCUAAAAUCUUUUGUUAACUGAGAUCUGCCAGUGCCAAUGGUACCAGACUGACCUGUUUGUGUUGUACGAAGUGUCAAGAAGGAAAAUGAGUGUGUUUGUGUGUAUUUUUUUUAUCAGAGCAUAUGCAGCCUACCACAUAAACACAGACUCUGUUUUUUUAAGGCCUAUUGUAUUUAUGGGGAUACUCAUCUUUUUGUCUUUUUUUUUACUCGUUUUGUAUCGCAACAAGCCUGUUGUACGUGUACAGUUUGAAUAAAAGCGAUAAGGU